AUGGACAAUUUCAAGCCCAGCAACUAUCUCCCACUUGAUCGUGAAGAAUCUUACUCACCAAACCCUGGGUCCGGCGGGGAUGACGAGGGGUGUCGUGAGUUUUCAACCACUUCACCAGCUCGCUGGGCGGGCUCAAAAAGCUCAUGGAUUCAACGGCAUUGGCGCUCUGUUACCGUCCAUGCCUUGCUCAUAGCGGCAAACUUGUUUCUCUUCAUCGCCUACACGAAGGGGGUUAUAGUUCCCGUGCGAUACACCGAUCCUCAACAUGAACCAACCCCGUUCCGCUCCGUGGUGAAAUAUGAACAAAGGGCGUUUGAUAUGGGAGCCAUAUAUGGCCUGGGCAAAAACAAGUCUUUGAACAUGCAAAAGGGCAACAUCGACUUUAAUGGCCCACCCAGACCUGAGCUAGAAAAUGCUUGGAAUGACCUCCUUCGAUUUCAAAACGUCCGAAUUCCCAGAAAGGAUAUGGGCCAGUUCCAGGACGACGACACUGUCAUUCGGUUGACAGACGGGACCUACUACUUCACCGUGUCAGUUUUCCACGGGCUUCACUGCGUUGAGAGAUUCCGGAAAUACCUCUACAAGGAUCAUUACUACCCAGGCCUCAGUGAGAUGCAAGCCAUUGCCCUGCUGAAGCAUACAGAGCAUUGCAUCGAUUACUUCUUGCAGUAUCUCCAGUGCAAUGCCGACACGACUCUGCUUCCUAUGGAGUGGACGACUGAUGAUCCAAAGCCUGUCUCCCAGGGGUUGGGCAAACACACCUGUGUCAAGUGGGACUCCAUUUUCGACUGGAUGAAGGAGCACUCUUUUGAUCCCUUUGAGCCGGGAAUUCUGAUGCAUCCCAUCUUUGGCGAUCCGUACGACCGAAACGCGUCUCACCACCACGUCAAUGUGGGCCUUACAGAGGCCGGCGGGAUUCUGCAUCUGAACGAAGAUGGGACGGUGAAAGAAGGUAGCAACAAGGCACAUUUGCAUUCGUGAGGUAUGCAGAUAAGCGAGCAAUGAGUAUGCACUUGGACGCAACAUUAUUUAUCGUCAACCGCUAAUCGUCGAGAUGUCAACUUGCCCCCAAACAGUUGACACAUGGGCACGGUAACAUCGCUCCAAGCCUUAUUUCAACUGCGCCGCCGCCUCGUUCCUUCAGAGUGAAGUGCGGAGUACACGUGCAUGAUAGAAAAAGGAACGAAGAUAACGACAACAAGCCGCUUUGUGGCAAUAAUAGCCAUCUCAACCGGAAUGCCGUCAUCAAUGCGGUUUGAAUCACAUACUAUUAUAUAUUGUCCCAAGAUUGUUACCUAGUCCGCACGAAGCGUAUGCAUGCUGGGGUCGGGUGGCCGGAUGGUCGUGGUCGGAUAGAAGCGAAGGAUGGACUAUCGAUCUUACAACAUGCAGUAUUGCGGCCUGAACGGGAUGGAGAAGCGAGAAAUGAUGCUUCUGGCGAGGAUACGGGCGAGGCUGGGCACGGUUCGGCCCGCAGCGCCAAUUGUGGAAUCGAGAGCUUGGGGAUGGGGAGGUUCGUCCCAUGGAUGUCUUGGAUGAUCUUAAUUUUCUAACGGGAUCUUUCAGCAAGCAAAGAGGUGUUUAAGACUACGGACAGUCCAAGAUCAGCAGUUCAUGCCCAGAUCCGAUGGACCAAACCGUCAAAGCUUCCUGAUGCACUUUCGUAUCAUACCUAUCGUGAAGGGCAUGUUGAUCAUCGCGCAAAGACAAACGUGAUAGUCCGCUUCCGAACCUGAAUCGAUUUGCAUAUGCAUAUCUCUGUACUCAGGACAUUGACACCCCCCUCUUGCGGAUUGACACAACUAGAGCCCCCGGACGUUGAUUCCCUCAAACCCUUUAUCCCGUGGACUAUCACUGUCCUUUGGUUCUUCGCCGAUAUCGCAGAAGCUACUACAUUCAAGUCAAGGGGUAAGAUGGUACCAGUCUCUACCACUUCUCACCUCACCAUUGGUGCUUCAUGGCCAUCCGAUAAUACCUACC